AUGGACUCCGUGAUUGAGGCUGAUGUAAAUCUGAAGGCCUACCCUCUUGCAGAUGCCCACCUCACCAAGAAACUAUUGGACCUCGUUCAGCAAUCACGUAACUACAAGCAGCUUCGAAAAGGAGCCAGUGAGGCCACCAAAACCUUCAACAGAGGCAUCUCUGAGUUCAUUGUGAUGGCUGCAGACGCCGAGCCCCUGGAGGUCAUCCUGCACCUCCCACUGCUAUGUGAGGACAAGAACGCGCCCUGUGUGUUUGUGCGCUCCAAGCAGGCCCUGGGGCGAGCCGGUGGGGUCUCCAGGCCUGUCAUCGCCUGUUCUGUCACCAUCAAAGAACGCUCACAACUGAAGCAGCAGAUCCAAUCCAUCCAGCAGUCAAUUGAAAGGCUCUUAGUCUAA